AUGCCUGAAGUUGUGGACCCCCGCAUGAUUUCGGUGACGCCUAGGAUACGAUACAACACUAUCGGCGGCGUCAACGGUCCAUUGGUUAUUCUCGACAAUGUCAAAUUCCCGCGAUACAACGAGAUUGUCUCCCUGACUCUGCCCGAUGGCACUGAGCGCUCUGGUCAGGUCCUUGAAGCUCGAGGCAACCGCGCCGUCGUCCAGGUCUUUGAAGGCACAUCUGGUAUCGAUGUCAAGAAGACCAAAGUUGAGUUCACUGGACACAGCUUGAAGCUCGGUGUGUCUGAGGACAUGUUGGGCCGUAUCUUCGAUGGUUCAGGAAAGCCCAUCGACAAGGGCCCCAAGGUGCUCGCCGAAGACUACCUUGACAUCAACGGUAGUCCCAUCAACCCAUACUCGCGAGUCUACCCCGAGGAAAUGAUUUCCACCGGUAUCUCCGCUAUCGACACGAUGAACUCGAUCGCCCGUGGCCAAAAGAUUCCCAUCUUCUCCUCGUCCGGUCUACCCCACAACGAAAUCGCCGCGCAGAUUUGCAGACAGGCUGGUCUUGUCGGAAAGCCUUCCAAGGGUGUACACGAUGACCACGACGACAACUUCUCCAUCGUCUUCGGUGCCAUGGGUGUCAACUUGGAGACCAGUCGCUUCUUCACACGCGACUUCGAGGAGAACGGCAGUAUGGAGCGUGUCACCCUGUUCCUGAACUUGGCAAACGACCCUACUAUCGAGCGUAUCAUUACUCCCCGUCUCGCCCUUACAACAGCCGAAUACUACGCCUACCAGCUCGAGAAGCACGUCUUGGUCAUUCUCACCGACUUGUCUUCCUACUGCGAUGCGCUACGUGAGGUCUCCGCUGCCCGAGAAGAAGUGCCCGGUCGUCGUGGUUACCCUGGUUACAUGUACACGGAUUUGUCUACCAUUUACGAGCGUGCUGGACGUGUUGAGGGCCGUAACGGAUCGAUCACUCAAAUCCCCAUUCUGACUAUGCCUAACGACGAUAUCACGCAUCCCAUUCCUGAUCUGACUGGUUACAUUACGGAAGGUCAAAUCUUCAUUGACCGUCAACUCGACAACAAGGGUAUCUACCCUCCGAUCAACGUCCUUCCAUCCCUCUCUCGUCUCAUGAAGUCUGCUAUCGGUGAAGGCCGCACACGGAAAGACCAUGGCGAUGUUUCCAACCAGCUGUAUGCGAAGUACGCCAUUGGUCGUGACGCCGCCGCCAUGAAGGCAGUCGUCGGAGAGGAGGCCUUGUCCUCAGAAGACAAGCUGUCGCUCGAGUUCCUCGAGAAGUUCGAGCGCUCUUUCAUCGCCCAGGGUGCUUACGAGUCCCGCUCCAUCCACGAAUCUCUCGACCUUGCCUGGUCGCUGCUUCGUAUCUAUCCUAAGGAACUCCUCAACCGUAUCCCAGCCAAGGUUCUCGACCAGUACUACCAGAGGAGUCGGGGCGGUGACGAUGGUGAGAAGAAGAAGGGCAGCAAGGAUACCAGGGACAACUCGGGUGAGAACGGCCAGCAGGGCGAGAACUUGAUUGACGUAGGAGCACCAGGCAAGAUCUGGUUUCAUCCCAAAAUCCCCCUCGUGGACCAGGUGGGGAUCCGCAACGAUAUACGAAAUCGUUGGGACCGCACCUCGGUGGUCGAGCAGUUCGCCUUUGGGCUGUGGAAUGAGUUCUUUCUCCCGCCAGGAGCCACGGGCACCCUGGCGUUGGUGACUAAGAGCUGGCAUCAAUGGGAGAUGCCUCACUUCACGGUCGCUCUGGUGUUUCUGUUCGGCACCACGAGAAGGACCCAGCACUGGGCCACAGCCCAUGUGUAUUUGGAUUUCUCGGAGUCCGUAUGCACGGUGAUGGAUGGGGCGCGGAGGUGCUGGGUCAAGGAGCUAUGGGCUGAGGACUGGCAGGUUUGGGACGUAAGCGAGAGGAGAGAGACCGGCGCACAUACACAGACCGCCGAGGGCGCCGAGGGGGGAAUUUCCCCCCCUCUAUCCGCCGGAAUGGAGUCCCUUCUCAACGAUGUUGCCACAAUUCGCUUGAUGGUUCCUUCGCAGAUCAAGCCAUUGUAUUAA